UUGCCAGUGAAGUAAGACCGGCUUGCUCAGGAUAUCUGUAGUUUUUCAUGGCUUGCUAGUUGUUUCUCGUUUGUCCUAAAUUAAAAUAGUUCUUGAUUGUGAAAUGGCGUUUAACCUUGAUUGUCGAAACAAAAUAACUUGAUUAUUUAUUUAAUAUCAUCAACAAAAUUUUAUAAAAGACUUUUAAGUGUUUUUAACAGUGCGAUUAUGUGGUAUAAGGGAUAAAGUUCAAAAAGUAAAAAUAAUGUUUAUUAUUUUAUGACAGUUGAUUAAUUUGCGCGAGUUAUUCGUGUAUUUUUCAAUUGCUAAGCCUUGGAAAUUAUAACAAAAUGAAUAUCUCCGACGCUAAAAUAGAACCGGACCAGAAUAAGGUUUGCGGUGUCGAUUGUAGUAGUGAAUAUUCACGGCUAGCCGCAGUUGCUAUCAAAACUCCCGAACAGGCCGAAGAAGGAGGAAAAGCGGCUGAAGGUGGUGGACUAGCGUGCGAAUACCGGUGUGGUCUAUCGCGGCCUGUAUGCAGAGUGUUGUGUGUCGCGUUGAAAGUAACCGUCGCCGCCGUACUGUUCGUACUGUCAUCCGCAUUCGUGUGGUAUACAAUGGGUCUGCCGUUCCUCCUGCAAGUCAUCGUGGUGGCGUUUAUAGCUUAUUUAGCUAGUGGCGGUUACAAGUUCGUGUAUUUGUUAUACCGUACCGCUCCCAGAGAUCUUAGAGCGCUUUCUCGUUAUCUCUAUUUCUUAUAUACAUCAAAAAAAAUAGAAAAACGUAACUGGACUAUCGCUGAUAUAUUUAAGAACACUGUUGUAAAGAUCAAUCCAAAUAAAGUAAUUUUCAUAUUUGAAGAAAAAGAAUGGACUGCUAUACAAGUAGAAGAAUACAGCAACAAAGUUGCCAAUGCUAUGUUAGAACAAGGGUUCAAAAAAGGUGAUGUAGUUGGACUAAUGAUGGAAAAUCGACCUGAAUUUGUUGCUAUUUGGCUAGGAAUGUCGAAAAUAGGAAUAGUUACUGCACUAAUUAAUUACAAUCUUAGACUAACGUCGUUGUCCCAUUCAAUAAAUGUGGCCAGCUGUAAAUGUUUAAUUUAUGGGUCUGAACUGAUAUCUGACAUUGAAGAAAUUAAAGACAACUUACAAUGUAAUUUGAAACUUUUUGUGUGGACUAGUUCAAGUACACCAUCUGAUGACAAUAAUUAUUUGAAUACUUUGCUUGAAAAUUCUUCCACUUCUGAACCUAAUCCAAUAGAAAAACCAGGCAUUCAUGACCAUCUAUUAUAUAUUUACACAUCAGGCACAACAGGUUUACCAAAAGCUGCUGUCAUUUCAAAUAUCAGAUAUUUAUUUAUUGCUGGUGCUAUGUCAUAUCAAGUUGAUUUCAAGUAUUCUGAUCGAUUUUAUACUGCAAUGCCAUUGUAUCAUACAGCUGCUGGUAUUAUGAGUAUUGGUCAAGCACUGUUGUAUGGUUGUUCAGUAGUUAUUAGAAGAAAGUUUUCUGCAACUGGUUACUUUCAAGAUAUUUCUAAAUAUAAUUGUACUGUUGCUCAAUAUAUUGGGGAGAUGUGUCGUUAUAUAUUAGCUACUCCAUCCAAAUCAGAAGACACUAAUCACAAAUUGAGAAUAAUUUUUGGUAAUGGUCUCAAACCUCAAAUUUGGAAAGACUUUAUUGCCAGAUUCAACAUUCCACAAGUUGCAGAAUUUUAUGGAUCUACUGAAGGAAAUGCUAAUAUUGCAAAUAUUGAUAAUACCUUUGGAGCUAUUGGGUUUGUGUCAAGAAUUAUUCCUAGUAUUUAUCCCAUAUCUAUUAUACGUGUUGAUCCUGAAACUUGUGAACCUAUUCGAAAUGCUAAUGGACUAUGUAUGAGAUGUAACCCAGGCGAACCUGGUGUAAUUGUUGGGAAAAUCAUUGAAUCUAAUCCAUCAAGGCAAUAUCUUGGCUAUGUAAAUAAUAAAGAUUCAGAAAAAAAAAUUGUACGGGAUGUAUUUGAUAAAGGAGAUGCUGCAUUUUUAUCAGGAGAUUUACUUGUUUCUGAUGAAUUUGGAUAUUUAUAUUUCAAAGAUAGAACUGGUGACACGUUCAGAUGGAAAGGUGAAAAUGUUUCUACAGCUGAAGUUGAAGGAGUUGUCAGUAAUAUUGCUAACUAUCGUGAUUGUGUUGUGUAUGGUGUAGAGGUGCCUAACUCUGAAGGUCGGGCAGGUAUGGCUGCUAUUGUUGAUAAAGAUAAUACAUUAGAUAUUUCCUCAUUAUCUGAUGGAAUAAAAAAAUUACUACCAAGCUAUGCUCGACCAUUGUUUAUAAGAAAACUUAAUGAAGUUGAAUUAACUGGUACAUAUAAAUUAAAGAAAUUGGACUUGCAAAAGGAAGGUUUUAAUAAUGAUAUUAUUAAGAAUGAUUUAUAUUACUUGAAUAAUAAAGGAAUCUAUGAAAAAGUAACUGAUGAAAUAUAUAAAGAUAUUAUUAGUGGAAAAAUUAGACUAUAAAUAUUAACAAACAGAAUUAUAUGAAAAAUUGUACUAUAUAGCUUGAAAUUUAGACUUAACUCUGAAAUGUUAUAAUGAGUAAUAUAAAUGUAAUACCAAGUCUUACCAUUUUAACAUUUACAAAACUAUUUUUACAACAAAAUUUAUUUUAUAUUGUUUUAUUUUUUUUUUGUAUAAUUUUGCAUAGCUGUUUUGUACAUUAUGAACAAAUUGUUUAAGUUUAAAAUAAGGUAAUUUAAGUUGUUGCUGGUUAUGUUAUUAUAUUUUAAUGAGCUUUAAAUUAAGUUUUGUGAUAUGUAUAAUUACUAGUUUUGACAUCGAAUGUUUUAGUUGUUAAGUAAAACAAUGAUUAUAAAUUAUUGACUGUUAAUAUUAUACUUAUUUUAUAGUUUCUUAGGCUAAUCUUGCAAAGAUAACUUCUUAUGCAGUAAAUAUGAUGUAAAAAAGUUUUUUAAUAAAAUUUAAUUAUUAUGUUACCCAAGUAUUUUGUUGUGCUACAUUUAGUUCUUAGUCAAUAAUUAAAUUAUCUACAAAAAAUAAAUUUAUUUGUUUAUUUUAUCAUAAAAAUGAUAAACUAACUUAUAGUAUGACAAUUAGUAAAGACAUUCACUGUAAAUUUUAAUUUUAAAUUGUUUAUUUGCACUAAUGUAAAUUAGGGCUAGUAUGAAGGGCAUAUGAAGUGAGCCCUGUGCUUUAAAGGGCUCUGCAAAUUUAGUCAAUGACUAAAUUUUUUUUUUAAAUUAAAAAAAUUUUAGAGCCCAAAAAUAUUGUUAUGUACGAGGCCCCACGAUGUUUAACCUUAAUUCUUAUGUAAUUUUUUUAACAAUUUUUCCUUUAUAGAUAGUUUAAAAUUUUAUAUUUUGUAUUCAAAGCAAUGACACUUUUAAUCCCAGCAUGCUAUUGAAUUAUUUAAUUUUCUUUACUUUUUAUUAUGCAAGAUGAAAUCAAGAAAUUUGUUUUUAGCAGUUUAUUUAAUUAUAUUUUACAAUAAAAUUUUAGUAUUUUGUAGUUUA